AUGAACAACUUUAUCCUCCUGGAAGAGCAGCUAAUCAAGAAAUCCCAGCAAAAGAGAAGAACAUCACCCUCGAACUUUAAAGUCCGCUUCUUUGUUUUAACCAAGGCUAGCCUGGCAUAUUUUGAGGACCGUCACGGGAAAAAGCGCACAUUGAAGGGCUCCAUUGAACUCUCCCGAAUCAAAUGUGUUGAGAUUGUGAAAAGUGACAUUAGCAUCCCAUGCCACUAUAAAUACCCAUUUCAGGUUGUGCACGAUAACUACCUCCUGUAUGUAUUUGCUCCAGACCGCGAGAGCCGGCAGCGCUGGGUGCUGGCCCUUAAAGAAGAAACAAGGAAUAAUAACAGUUUGGUGCCCAAGUAUCAUCCUAAUUUCUGGAUGGACGGGAGGUGGAGGUGCUGUGCCCAGCUGGAGAAGCUUGCAGUGGGCUGUGCAGAGUAUGACCCAACCAAGAAUGCUUCAAAGAAGCCUCUUCCUCCUACUCCUGAAGACAACAGACGAUCACUUCGGGACGCUGAAGAAACUCUGGUCAUUGCCUUGUACGACUACCAAACGAGCGAUCCUCAGGAACUAGUGCUCCAGCGCAAUGAAGAGUACUACCUGCUGGACAGUUCUGAGAUUCACUGGUGGAGAGUUCAAGACAGGAACGGGCAUGAAGGUUAUGUACCAAGCAGUUACCUGGUGGAAAAAUCUCCAAAUAACCUGGAAACCUAUGAGUGGUACAAUAAGAGUAUCAGCCGAGACAAAGCUGAAAAACUUCUUUUGGACACAGGCAAAGAAGGAGCCUUCAUGGUUCGAGAUUCUAGGACUCCAGGAACAUACACCGUGUCUGUUUUCACCAAGGCCAUUGCAAGUGAGAACAACCCCUGCAUAAAGCACUAUCACAUCAAAGAAACCAAUGACAACCCCAAGAGAUAUUAUGUGGCUGAAAAGUAUGUGUUUGAUUCCAUCCCUCUUCUCAUCAAUUAUCACCAGCACAACGGAGCAGGCCUGGUCACUCGACUCAGAUAUCCAGUUUGUUCCUGGAGACAGAAAGCUCCCAUCACAGCAGGGCUGAGAUACGGAAAAUGGGUGAUCGAUCCCUCAGAGCUCACUUUUGUGCAGGAGAUUGGCAGCGGGCAGUUUGGGCUAGUACAUCUUGGCUACUGGCUCAACAAGGACAAAGUAGCCAUCAAAACCAUUCAGGAGGGGGCCAUGUCGGAAGAGGACUUCAUAGAGGAAGCUGAAGUCAUGAUGAAACUCUCUCACCCCAAACUGGUCCAGCUCUAUGGUGUGUGCCUGGAGCAGGCCCCCAUCUGCCUGGUGUUUGAGUUCAUGGAGCAUGGCUGCCUGUCCGAUUACCUGCGCAGCCAGCGGGGGCUCUUUGCUGCGGAGAGCCUGCUGGGCAUGUGCCUGGACGUGUGUGAGGGCAUGGCCUACCUGGAGGAGGCGUGUGUCAUCCACAGAGACCUGGCUGCCCGGAACUGUUUGGUGGGAGAAAACCAAGUUAUCAAGGUGUCUGACUUUGGGAUGACAAGGUUCGUCCUUGAUGAUCAGUACACCAGUUCCACAGGCACCAAAUUCCCAGUGAAGUGGGCAUCCCCAGAAGUUUUCUCUUUCAGUCGCUACAGCAGCAAGUCAGACGUGUGGUCAUUUGGUGUGCUGAUGUGGGAAGUCUUUAGCGAAGGCAAAAUCCCAUAUGAAAACCGAAGCAACUCGGAGGUGGUGGAAGACAUCAGCACAGGAUUUCGGCUAUACAAGCCCCGGCUGGCCUCCUCACUGAUCUACCAGAUCAUGAAUCAUUGCUGGAAAGAGAGACCAGAAGACCGGCCGCCCUUCUCCAUCCUGUUGGGUCAACUGGCUGAAAUUGCCGAAUCAGGACUUUAGCAGAGACUCAGUGCCAGGCCAUAGGCUGCAGAUAUUGAAUGGGGAGAGAAGUUCCCCCUCCACAGAGCAUUAAAAACUGCCAGAGGCAGCCCAGCCUGUGAUGCCCGUCCCUGAGCUGCCACCAUGCAGCGCCCUGUUGGAGGCUGGCAGCCCAGCCACCGGCAGGAGGGUCAGCCACCGAGCUGGGAGCAGGGCCAGAAGCGCGGUGACGUCUCUGUCCUCCCUCUAGCCUCUUGUCAGAUGUGUGCGCAGACCUCAAUCUGACCACUUUCAGACAUUUCUUGUACUUUUUGGUGAGAGACAAGGGUAGGACCCGGAUUGUUAUUUUUGUUAUUAUUUUUAAACAUGAGUCUAAAGCUUGUGGGCCAAGGGAACUUUUUGUUUGACCCCACAACACAGUAUACCAGGAUGUGGCAGCAAAGGGAACAAAGGGCAAGAUUCCUCAUCUAGAAAAACCAUUAGGUUAAUUAAGGUCAGAAAGAGCAGGUUUUGCUGCUCUGAUGCUGUGAGACACAGCUUCCUGCCACAGAGGGUGAUGGAAAUGCCUCUCACAGCAGACGCCAGAUCUUCUGAGAAGCAGCUUCAUGAGGCUUUAUAGGGUACACUGCCACUUCUCUCCUUGAAGGGGGCAUGGUAAGCUCUGUUAGAUGGAUUGGGGUAAUCAAUUCAGAUCCCACAGUUGGGGUGUCAGAUAUCUGGUGUCUGGGAGGGAAUGCAAGAGGGCAGCUGAUGGUGGGGAACCCACUGGUACAAAGAAGGGCCUUAGGUUACUACCAUUCUGAUGCUCACCUCUAGUACUAAGUGAGGCAGGUAACUGUGUCUCCCCUUGUGCAUAGAAUUCUUCCACAGACAUCCUAGGAGAAAAUGAUUACUUGUGAAUACUGACUCUGGCUGAGGACUUGAUCACGUUUUUGUCUGGCCCCUAGCAACCAGCGCCUCUCUCUGUACUAUUCUACCCUCAUCAACAGCGGGCAUCACUGUGCGGUCAGUGUGGACUCCUGAAGAGCAAUGGAAGCUUGUUUGACCCCCAGGGUUUAAAGUUUUAAAGUUGAAACUUCAAGGCUUCCCAAAUUCUAGAAGAGGAGCAAGGAAUCUGUUCAUGCUCAAGCUGUCUGGGUGGAAACUGAGUCAGACACUCAGUCUGGUGCUUCCAAGAUGCACAAGGAUGCCUACUGUGGAUUGAGCACUUAAAACAGUCACCCUGAAUUUACGUCAAUCCUGUGAGAUAGUAUUAACAUUCCCACUUUAUAAAUAAUAGAACUGAGGCUUUAAAAAGACACCUACUCAAAGUCACAGACUAGCAAGUGCAGAGAUGGAAUUCUAGCCCAAAUCUGACUCCAGUGCAGAUUCUUUAUCCCUACUCAAUGAUGCCUCGUAUUGAUGAAAGAGACUGCAGAGGAGAUAAGGACAGCAGAGAGAAAAGAAAAUAGAAAGCCAAUAAAGAAGUCGAGUUGCUCCCGCAUAGACCAUUAUGGCUGGUGUGCGGGCCCUCCAACUUGGGAUAGGAUCUUCUCUUCUUCUCAUCUGUAUCCUCACCUUGGUCAUAGUUGUUGACCUUGGAGUUACUCAGUUAAUUAACCCUUUGAUUCUCCCGGCCUGCCAGAGUCAUGUUAUAUGAAGCCAUUUAUAAAUGAACUUCAAAGCAGCUUUAAAAGAUUCUCCUGCAGAGCAUAAAUGCUUCCUUUUCUUCUUCAGACCAACCUUGAGCUGCAGUCUUCUUGGACACUUUGUGAAGAGGAGUAUUCCCUGAUGUAAGAAGGAAUUAAUUUUCUUAGAGUGUUUAGAUACACCUCAUAGAAAAAUUAUCAGACGCUGUUGCAAUAGGCUCUUUCUAAUGCUUGUGUGAUAUUUUGGCCAUCUUGUGGUUCAGACGCAUAACUGUUAACCAUAACUAUUGUGAAACUGGGAGCCUAAGAUAAAACUCUGUCAUUCAGAAAAUGAUCUUACUUAACUCAUCCAACAUUAUAUCCGUGUUUACUUUUUGGCAUUUUGUACAUUCUCUUUUGGAGCCCCUAAUUAAACAUGAUUUCGGGGAUGUUCGGUCUAGAAGGAAAACAUCAGAAUUAACUGAUCUCUGUGAUCUGGUUUGGAAAAUUCCCCUCCAUAUGGCAUUAUCUUUUCCAAGCUUGGAUUCAUUGAGGCCUUAACUGAAGACAUGUAUGUUGUUCAGCUCCCAGUGUCCUAUUCCACAAAUAUGGGAUUCUUGCCUGGAUUCUUCCUCCCACAUUUUGAAAACAGUGCAGUGCAUUCAGAGAGAAUUCUCUUAUAUGGUCAUGUUGUGUAGAUCUUGCAUUUUGCAUCUUUUAAUACUGGGUAUUUAUAUUUGGUUAGGAUGAAGUAUUUAUUAGUGUACAGUCAUUGCUAAUGUUCAAGGUAGAAAUGUUACAAAUAUCUCUUCCCUUUUGUAGAGUGAACUAAAUUAAAGGUUGGGUAUAGCAAAUAAAAGCUGUAUGUUUUUUAAUAAAUACAGUGUGUGUA